AUGUCUUUAUCAUCAAAAGAUAUAAACUUAAUUCUUAAUUUAUUAAAUGAAGAUACAUGUGGUACAACUUUAACCUUUGAGCAAAUAUCUUCACAAUUUCAACAUGGAAUACAUAAACAUGAUUAUUUAAAAGUUGGUAACGCUCUCGUUUUACUAUUACAAAAUCGUGAUCUAACUCCAACACCAGAACAACGUCUUAUUAUUUUAUAUUUAUUUUUUGACAUGUAUAAAACUGAAUCAUUACAUUUAAAUCCAUUUGCACCUGUUUUUCUCACUGUUUUAUAUCCACAACAAACAACAGCGACUUCAGCAAUAAACGGUUCGAAUGUCGACACAGCAUCAGUAGCUGCAGCACAACAAAAACGUUUUCAUUGGAUAAUAUCAAAAGUAACACAACAUGAAAGAUGGUUUGUGCAUACGUUAAUGAACGGAAAUGGUAUCAAUAAAGAUUUGUUAAAAAAAACGCCGAACUAUAUUUUACAAAUGUCAAUUCCAUCACCGUCUUCAUUCGAUGAUACUAAUCAUGAUUAUUUUAGACAACAAAUAAUUGAUCGUGUAAAGCAAUUACCAUUAACUGCUCAAUGUCAUUUACCAGCUGUUAUUGAUGAUCCUGAAACAAAUAAAUAUAAUUUUGAUAUGUUAUUUACUCGUAAUGGCGGUACAAAUAAUAAUAACACUAUGAAACAAGAUUACAAACAAGUUGUAGAAAAAUUAUUUAUUGGUCAAAAACCAUGCAUGGAACAAACUAUACGUCCCGAAUUUUUACGUUUAGUACCACCAUUACAUAUUAGUCUUGAUUGUGAUGAAUUAAUAUGGAUGAAUCCAGUUGAAAAUGAUAAUUAUAUGGUAGCAUGGGAUGGUUCAAUGUGUAUUACAAAUAAAAUAAGUAUUGAAAUUCGACAAUUAAUGGAUAAAGCCUGUACGAGUCAAUUAAAUUUACAACAACAACAAAAACUCUUAGAUGAAUUAGAAUUAGAUCCAUGUAUUGUUUAUCAUAUUGGUUUGGUACCAUCAAAAUUACCUUCUUUAGUUGAAAAUAGUCCACUAAUAGCUAUCCAAUGUUUAUUGAAAUUAAUGCCUAGUAAUCAAUUAACAGAAUAUUUAUCAUCAUUAGUUAAUAUGGAUAUGUCAUUACAUUCAAUGGAAGUUGUUAAUCGUUUAACAACAUCGAUUGAUUUACCACAAGAAUUUUUACAUUUAUAUAUCUCCACAUGUAUAACAACAUGUGAGAAUACUAAAGAUCGUUUUUUACAAAAUAGAUUUGUACGUCUAGUUAGCGUAUUUAUUCAGUCAUUAAUUCGAAACAAAGUUAUCGAUGUUAAAGAUUUAUUCUUAGAAGUUCAAGGUUUUUGUAUUGGUUUUAGACAUAUUAAAGAGGCAGCCGCUCUAUUUCAAUUAGUUAAAAAAAUGGAUAGUAACAGCAACAGCAAUAAUAAUGGUAAUGGUAAUGGUAGUUCACAUACAACAACUACAGAUGAAACAAUAGCAACAUCAGAGUGA